UUUAAUUUUGUAUCAAUUGGCUCUAGAACAUUGUUCUCAUUUCUCGAUAAUCCCAGUAGCACAGCAACAUUCUCAGAUUCUACUGCCACUACAACAGAACCCCAACAUCUCAAAAUUGAUAGUGUAUCUUGUUCAUUUCCUCUAAUCUAUGGAUUCUGAAAAAGCAUUAGAGCUUGUCAAGCACGGUGUCACUCUUCUCUUCCUCGAUGUUCCUCAGUACACCAUGGUCGCCAUCGAUACUCAGAUGUUCUAUGUGGGGCCUGCUUUUAAGGGUAUUAAGAUGAUUCCUCCUGGCACUCAUUUUGUGUACUAUAGUUCAUCAAGCAGAGAUGGGAAAGAGUUCUCACCAAUUGUUGGAUUCUUCAUUAAUGCUGGCACUUCAGAGGUAAUUGUUCGUAAAUGGGACCAACAAGAAGAAAGGUUAGUUAAAGUUUCUGAGGAAGAGGAAGAAAGAUACAGUCAAGCUGUUAAUAAUUUGGAAUUUGACAGACAACUUGGGCCUUACAAUCUUAGCCAUUAUGAAGAUUGGAAACGGUUAUCUAAUUUUAUCACAAAGAAUGUCAUUGAACGGCUUGAGCCAAUUGGAGGUGAAAUCACUGUUGAAUGUGAAAAUGAGAUUGUUAGAAACUCUACUAAAAUCCCAAUGGAAGAAGCACCAGAGAAGCAGUUGAAGGUUGGCAAUUCUGCAUCAUCUGUUGGCAAGUCUCAGAGGAAAGGAUGUUAUUAUACUUCAAUUCCACGUGUUGUUAAAUGCAAGGGUAUUAGUGGGCAGGAACUUACUUCUUUAAAUCUUGACAAGACACAAUUGUUAGAAACUUUACUGGCAAAAGAUUAUGGCGGUUCUGAAGACAUGCUUCUUGGAGAACUGCAGUUUACAUUUGUUGUCUUUUUGAUGGGUCAAUCGCUAGAAGCAUUUCUCCAAUGGAAGUCAUUAGUUAGCCUUUUGUUUGGCUGCACUGAAGCACCUUUCCGCACACGAACUCAACUAUUUACAAAGUUCAUCAAAGUCAUCCAUAAUCAACUAAAAUACGGACUACUGAAAGAUCACAUGGGUGAAACAGGAUCAGCAGUGUUGGAUGAUUCUUUGAUUUCCGCUGAUAGCUUUUUGCACCAUGUUUGCAAGGACUUCUUUUCAUCAUUGCUAGAUGGGUCGGUUGUUGAUGGAGAUCUUUUAAAAUGGACAAGGAAAUUUAAGGAGCUGUUGGAGAGCAGUCUAGGGUGGGAGUUUCAGCUUGGCAGUGCUGUUGAUGGGAUAUAUUUUGAGGAAAAUGAUGAGUAUGCUCCUGUAGUUGAGAUGCUGGAUGAUGAAGCUCUAGUAAGUUAAAAAUGUUGAUAAUGUCUUCACUUGGCUAUAACAGAUACUAAAUCAUGAAUGUCAUGCCACUUUGCGUUGCCCUUUGGCCUACUCACUCUCACAGCCAUACCCUUCUCAUAGAUUGUACAGUAGGGCAUACCAAAGCUCCACCAUUGCAAACUAACUAUAAGAUCAUGUUACUGUAUUUCAAAUUUCAAUUGAGUUAAAAGUCAUGUUGGAUCUGAAGUAGAAAUUCAGUAACUUUUCUUUUUGGUGUGAUAGACUUUCAGUAACUUUGAUGGAGGUUGAUGUUCAUUUUUCAGAGCUGCUCAUACUUGGUAUUUUUCUAGCUUUCAUAGAUUAGGGCAUACAUAGGAAACUUGUGGAUUUAUUUUGUCUUGUUUGAGGAGUUGCUGAGUGGAGUAUUGGCCUUUGAAAUUGAGACAAUGAGAUAAUCAGAAGCAGAUAAAUUGUUCUCCAUAUAUGACUUGAAAAUAAGAAAGAACCACUAUUUUAUGAUGAA